AUGCUAUCAAAUGAUGAAGAUGAAGUCGUAGCGUCUUCAGAUGAUGGCCUAUAUGCCAAAAUAUGGGACAUAAGAGAUGAAGAACUAGAUGAUAACGGAAAAAAUAGUGACCACUUCUCUGAUCCUGGGGAGAGUUUCUUACUGAGCUCUGAUGAUGCUAUGCUACCAACUGAUAGAGUGUUAAACAACAUCAUGAGCUCCAACGCACAUAUAGGCACUAAAAGACGCAGAAGUACAGAUCGCGAGAAACUUUGGGAAGAAUGGCAUAAAUCGUUGAAAAGCUCAAUGGAAAUAAAUAACAUGACCAUGGAGCUGAAAUCAUUCACGGAUAAACGACCUGACGUUCAAGCUUCGCAGCGUAAGAAUUCUCCUCACUAUGACCGGCAGAAGCAAAUAGCUUACUCAAUUAAAAGAAACAUACCUACAUCAUUGUUGACUGAAUUAGCUGCUGACGUUUCGGAUAGUACUGUGGACUGGUACUUUUUAAGGGAAGAUCCUGAUUUUAGCGUGGUACCAAGCAGAUACUCAACGUUUUUGGGAAAAAGGUUAAGCAUUCCUCUAGAUGAUCUUUACAAGAAAUUCGGAGCUGAUCUUCGCGCAAAUAUAGAGUAUACAAACUGUCCUUAUGGUAAAUUAAUUCCGGUAGAAACUAUGUGCGGCCUUAUCGAAUCUAAUAAUUCGGAUAGCGUUCAAGCAUUUAAGCAUUUUAUCAAAUUCAUUCUUGAUAGAAAAAUAUCGGGUAAUUUAAAGACAAAAUGGGUUAUAAAUAUGUGGAAUCGUUUCACUUGUGAUAAAUUGUCGGUAUAUUUCGAAGUUACUCCACGAAAUUUUUAUCUAAUGCAUUACAGGUUAACUAGAUUAAUACCCAUUGAAAGUGAAAUUGUUUCUAAACUAUUUCCAAACGACAAUGAUGUAAUCACUGAGUUCGAAAAUUUACUAGAUUCUCAGGAAUGGACGUCUUUAUUGUAUUUUAUUAUACUUGUUUUAGGAACAUCUGCAUUACCGUUUGGCCCUUCACCGCGAAUGACGUACAUCAAAGACUGUAUAUUGGACUUAAAUUCACAAAACUCGUCAAAAAUACAAUUAUCGAUCAUAAAGGCAUAUCUUACAGUAUGUUCAAAAAUCACCCAGCGCUAG